AUGUGGCAGACAAGGGAUUAUGCUGCGGAAAAAAGCGAUAAAAUGACAGACAUGGAGGAUGUGGCAUCUUCAAAGAUAUAUAAGGGCUUAACUGAGCAACCACAGCCUCAUAUCCACAACCUCUUCCACUACAGCUUUACUACUACUGACACUACCGCCACAGCCUUAAUUCCACAACUACUUCAACCACAACCGUUUUUCCACACCCACCUUCACCACAAUCAUUCUCUCCACAGCCUUACUUUCAUAAUCACUUCCAACACAGCCUUACUUCAAAAACCACUACCACCACAGCUUUACUUCCAAAAACACUACCACCACAGCCUUACUUACACAAUCACUACAACCACAGCCUUACUUCAUAAACCACUACCACCACAGCCUUCCUUUCACAACCACUACCACUACCACCACAGCCUUCCUUACAAAACCACUACCACCACACCCUUCCUUACACAACCACUACCACCACAGCAUUUCUUCCAAAAACACUACCAACACAGACUUACUUCCCCAACCACUACCAAAACAGCUUUCCUUAUACAACCACUACCACCACAGCCUCAAUUCCAAAAACACUACCACCACCGCCUUACUUACACAACCACUACCACCACAGCCUUCCUUACACAUCCACUACCAUUACAGCAUUCCUUCCACAACCACUACCACCACCUCCUUACUUCCACAACCACUACCACCACAACCUUCCUUUCACAACCACUACCACCACGGCCUUACUUCCACAACCACUACCACCACAGCCUUACUUCCACAACCACUACCACCACAGCCUUACUUCUACAACCACUACCACCACAGCCUUACUUCUACAACCACUACCACCACAGCCUUCCUUACACAACAACUACCAUCACAGCCUUCCUUCCACAACAACUACCACCACAGCCUUCCUUCCACAACCACUACCACCACAGCCUUACUUCCACAACCAUUACCACCACAGCCUUACUUCCACAACCACUACCACCACAGCCUUUCUUCCACAACCACUACCACCACAGCCUUACUCCCACAACCACUACCACCACAGCCUUCCUUACACAACAACUACCACCACAGCCUUCCAUCCACAACCACUACCACCACAGCCUUCCUUCCACAACCACUACCACCACAGCCUUACUUCCACAACCAUUACCACCACAGCCUUACUUCCACAACCACUACCACCACAGCCUUUCUUCCACAACCACUACCACCACAGCCUUACUCCCACAACCACUACCACCACAGCCUUCCUUACACAACAACUACCACCACAGCCUUCCUUCCACAACCACUACCACCACAGCCUUACUUCCACAACCAUUACCACCACAGCCUUACUUCCACAACCACUACCACCACAGCCUUUCUUCCACAACCACUACCACCACAGCCUUACUCUCACAACCACUACCAUCACACCCUACUUCCACAACCAUUACCACCACAUCCUUCCUUUCACAACCACUACCACCACAACCUUCCUCCCACUACCAUUACCACCACAGCCUUCCUUCCACAACCACUACCACCACAGCCUUCCUUUCACAACCAUUACCACCACAGCCCUACUUCCACAACCACUACCACCACAGCCUUCCUUCCACAACCAUUACCACCACAGCCCUACUUCCACAACCAUUACCACCACAUCCCUACUUCCACAACCAUUACCACCACAGCCUUACUUCCACAACCACCACAGCUUUCCUCACACAACCACUACCAUCACAGCCUUCCUUACACAACCACUACCACCACAGCCUUCAUUGCAUAAUCACUACCACCACAGCCUUACUUCCACAACCACUACAACCACAACUUUACUUCCUCAACCACUACCACCACAGCCUUCCUUACACAACCAAUAUCACAACAGCCUUCCUUACACAACCACUACCACCACAGCCUUCCUUACACAACCACUACCACCACCGCCUUACUUCCACAACCACUACCACCACAGCCUUACUUUCACAACCACUACCACCACAGCCUUACUUCCACAACCACUACCACCACAGCCUUCCUUUCACAAUCACUACCACGACAACAUUACUUCCACAACCACUACCACUACAGCCUUCCUUUCACAACCACUACCACCACAACCUUCCUUACACAACCAUUACCACCACAGCCUUCCUUACACAACCACUACCACCACAUCCUUCCUUACACAACCACUACCACCUUCCUUACACAACCACUACCACCACAACCUUCCUUACACAACCACUACCACCACCGCCUUACUUCCACAACCACUACCACCACAGCCUUACUUUCACAACCACUACCACCACAGCCUUACUUCCACAACCACUACCACCACAUCCUUCCUUACACAACCACUACCACCACAGCCUUCCUUUCACAAUCACUACCACGACAACCUUCCUUCCACAACCACUACCACUACAGCCUUCCUUUCACAACCACUACCACCACAGCCUUCAUUACACAACCACUACCACCACAGCCUUACUUCCACAACCACAAAAACCACAUAUUUCCUUACUCAACCAUUACCACCAUAGCCUUACGUCCACAACCACUACCACCACAGCUUUCCUUACACAACCACUACCACCACACCUUCCUUUCACAACAACUACCACCACAGCCUUCCUUACACAACCACUACCACCACAGCCUUCCUUACACAACCACUACCACCACAGCCUUUCUUACAAAACCACUACCACCACAGCCUUACUUCCACAACCACUACAAUCACAGCCUUCCUUACACAACCACUACCACCGUAGCCUUACUUCCACAACCACUACCACCACAGCCUUCCUUUCACAACCACUACCACCACAGCCUUCCUUCCACAACCAUUACCACCAUAGCUAUCUUUACACAACCACUACCACCACAGCCUUCCUUACACAACCACUACCACCACAGCUUUCCUUCCACAACCACUAUUACCACAGCCUUUCUUCCACAGCCACUACCACCACAGCCUUCCUUACACAACCACUACCACCACAGCUUUCCUUACACAACCACUACCACCACAGCCUUAAUUCAAAAACACUACCACCACAGCCUUCCUUACACAACCACUACCACCACAGCCUUCCUUACACAACCACUACCACCACAGCCUUUCUUCCACAACCACUACCACCACAGCCUUACUUCCACAACCACUGCAAUCACAGCCUUCCUUACACAACCACUACCACCGCAGCCUUACUUCCACAGCCACUACCACCACAGCCUUCCUUUCACAACCACUACCACCACAGUCUUCCUUCCACAACCAUUACCACCAUAGCUAUCUUUACACAACCACUACCACCACAGCCUUCCUUACACAACCACUACAACCCCAGCUUUCCUUCCACAACCACUAUUACCACAGCCUUUCUUCCACAACCACUACCAUCACAGCCUUCCUUACACAACCACUACCACCACAGCCUUCCUUCCACAACCACUACCACCACAGCCUUCCUUCCACAACCACUACCACCACAGCCUUCCUUCCACAACCACUACCACCACAGCCUUCCUUACACAACCACUACCACCACAGCCUUCCUUCCACAACCACUACCACCACAGCCUUCCUUCCACAACCACUACCACCACAGCCUUCCUUUCACAACCACUACCACCACAGCCUUCCUUAUACAACCACUACCAUCACAGCCUUCCUUCCACAACCACUACCACCACAGCCUUCAUUACACAACCACUACCACCACAGCCUUACUUCCACAACCACUACCACCACAGCCUUCUUUACACAACCACUACCACCAUAAGUUAUUUUUUGCAACCCAAAAUAACCUUACUUCUACAACCACAACCACAUCACCCUUACUUAAGAAAUUACCGCCACCAUUACCGCUUCCACCAUAA